AUGGCACCCAACGGUAUCGCAAACGGAGACGGGAACGGAUCACCCGCGCCCUCCAAAACGACUCUUUCGGCCGCGGACGCCAUGGCCACGCUCAAAGAGUACACCCGCGGAGAUGGGUUGUCAGUCGCGGAGUUGAUGGACAGCCGCAAGAACGGGGGCUUGACAUACAAUGACUUCUUGAUGCUUCCUGGGCAUAUCAGCUUCCCGGCCAACAUUGUCAGCUUGCAGACCAGGGUCACCCGCAAUAUCGUCCUCAACACCCCCUUCGUCUCCUCCCCUAUGGACACCGUGACCGAGUCCCGGAUGGCUAUCUCCCUCGCCCUCCACGGCGGUCUCGGUAUCAUCCACCACAACUGCACGGCCGAAGAGCAGGCGGCGAUGGUUCGUAAGGUCAAGAAGUUUGAGAAUGGGUUCAUCACCGACCCUAUCUGCUUGCCUCCUGAUGGAACUGUUGGCGAUGUUGUGGAGAUCAAGAACGCUAUGGGCUUCGCUGGUAUCCCUAUCACCGAAACCGGCAAGAUGGGCGGUAAACUUCUCGGUAUCGUCACCGGCCGAGACGUCCAAUUCCGCGACCCCGAACAACCCCUAUCCUCCGUCAUGACCACCGACCUCGUCACUGGUCGCUCCGGCAUCACCCUCGAGGAGGCCAACACCAUCCUUCGCGACUCCAAAAAGGGGAAGCUCCUCAUCGUCGACGCCGAAGGCAACCUUGUGUCCCUCGUCGCUCGAUCCGAUCUGCUCAAGAACCAAAACUACCCCCUCGCGUCCAAAGUCCCGGCGUCCAAGCAGCUCUACUGCGGUGCCGCCAUCGGGACCCGGCCAGGAGACAAAGACCGGCUCAAGCUUCUCGUCGAGGCUGGUCUGGACGUCGUCGUCCUCGACUCGUCCCAGGGUAACUCGGUCUUCCAGAUCGAGUUUAUCAAGUGGAUCAAGCAGACCUACCCGGAUCUGGAGGUUAUCGCUGGGAAUGUGGUGACGAGGGAGCAGGCGGCGCAGCUCAUCGCUGCGGGUGCGGAUGCGCUGAGGAUCGGAAUGGGGUCAGGCAGUAUCUGUAUCACUCAGGAGGUCAUGGCGGUGGGCAGACCGCAGGGUACCGCCGUCUACGCCGUUUCAGAGUUUGCCAGCCGGUUUGGCGUCCCCACAAUGGCCGACGGAGGUAUCGGCAACAUCGGCCACAUUGCCAAGGCCCUCUCCCUCGGCGCCUCGGCCGUCAUGAUGGGCGGCAUGCUCGCGGGAACGACCGAAUCCCCCGGAGAAUACUUUUACCACGAAGGCAAGCGGGUCAAGAUAUACCGCGGGAUGGGAUCUAUCGAGGCCAUGGAGCACACGGCGCCCAAAGGCUCCGCCAAAGUCGCGAAAGCGCUGGGUAUCGAUAAUGCCGCGACGGCGCGAUACUUUUCAGAGCAGGAUGCCGUCAAGGUCGCGCAGGGCGUGAGUGGGGAUGUGGCGGAUAAGGGGAGCGUGACCAAGUUCUUGCCGUACUUGUUCACGGGGCUGCAGCAUAGUUUGCAGGAUGCGGGGGUCAAGUCGGUGACUGAGCUCCAGGCGGAAUCGCGAUCCGGUGGUGUCCGGUUCGAGCUCCGGACAGCUUCUGCACAGGUGGAAGGUGGUGUUCACGGCUUGAACAGCUACACCAAGCGCCUCUUCGCCUAG